ACUCAUUUGUGAACAGCCAGGAGUGGACCUUGAGCCGCUCCGUGCCGGAGCUUAAAGUGGGCAUAGUGGGGAACCUGUCUAGUGGGAAAUCAGCCUUGGUACACCGAUACCUGACAGGGACCUACGUUCAAGAAGAGUCCCCUGAAGGGGGUCGAUUUAAAAAGGAGAUUGUGGUGGAUGGCCAAAGCUACCUGCUGCUGAUCAGAGAUGAAGGAGGCCCCCCUGAGCUCCAGUUUGCUGCCUGGGUGGAUGCAGUGGUGUUUGUGUUCAGCCUGGAGGAUGAAAUCAGCUUCCAGACGGUGUACAACUACUUCCUGCGCCUCUGCAGCUUCCGAAAUGCCAGCGAGGUGCCCAUGGUGCUGGUGGGCACACAGGAUGCCAUCAGUGCCGCCAAUCCCCGGGUCAUUGAUGACAGCAGGGCCCGCAAGCUGUCCACAGACCUGAAACGCUGCACGUACUAUGAGACAUGUGCGACCUAUGGGCUCAAUGUGGAACGAGUCUUCCAGGACGUGGCCCAGAAAGUAGUAGCCUUGCGGAAGAAGCAGCAGCUGGCCAUUGGGCCCUGCAAGUCCCUGCCCAACUCACCCAGCCACUCGGCCGUGUCUGCUGCCUCCAUCCCGGCUGUGCACAUCAAUCAGGCCACGAAUGGCAGCGCCUUCAGUGACUACUCGUCCUCAGUCCCUUCCACCCCCAGCAUCAGCCAGCGGGAGCUGCGCAUCGAGACCAUCGCUGCCUCCUCCACCCCCACGCCCAUCCGCAAGCAGUCCAAGAGGCGCUCCAACAUCUUCACGUCUCGGAAAGGUGCUGACCUGGACCGGGAGAAGAAGGCUGCCGAGUGCAAAGUAGACAGCAUCGGCAGCGGCCGGGCCAUCCCCAUUAAGCAGGGGAUCCUGCUAAAAAGGAGUGGCAAGUCCUUGAACAAGGAGUGGAAGAAGAAGUAUGUGACGCUCUGUGACAACGGUUUACUUACUUACCAUCCCAGCCUGCACGAUUACAUGCAGAACAUCCAUGGCAAGGAGAUUGACCUUCUGCGGACAACAGUCAAAGUGCCAGGGAAGCGCCUGCCCCGAGCCACACCUACCACAGCCCCAGGCACCAGUCCCCGUGCCAAUGGGUUGGCCAUGGAGCGAAGUAACCCACAGCUGGGCGGGGGCGCAGGAGCCCCCCACUCGGCCAGCAGUGCAUCCCUGCAUUCUGAUCACCCCCACAGCAGCCCAGCCUGGGCUGGCGUGCGCCCCAAGGGGCUGCACCAGCGCUCCCGUUCGGUUUCCAGUGCUGACCAUUGGAGUGAGGCUGCUGCCCUGCCCGCCAGCAUGCAGCACCUUGCAAGUGGCCCAGCUGAGGUACUCAGUUCCAACCCCAAGCUGGAGCCUCCCCAAUCUCCCCACUCCAACCGGAAGAAGCACCGCCGGAAAAAGAGCACCGGGACCCCCCGACCAGACGGCCCCAGCAGUGCUGCUGAAGAGGCAGAGGAGUCCUUUGAGUUUGUAGUGGUGUCCCUCACUGGUCAGACCUGGCACUUUGAGGCCUCAACGGCAGAAGAACGAGAGCUGUGGGUGCAGAGCGUGCAGGCCCAAAUCCUUGCCAGUCUACAGGGCUGUCGAAGUGCCAAGGACAAGACUCGGCUGGGGAACCAGAACACAGCUCUGGCUGUGCAGGCUGUCCGCACGGUCCGUGGCAACAGCUUCUGUAUUGACUGUGAAGCCCCCAAUCCAGACUGGGCCAGCCUGAACCUGGGUGCCCUGAUGUGUAUAGAGUGUUCAGGGAUCCACCGACACCUGGGGGCUCACCUGUCCCGGGUCCGCUCCUUGGACCUUGAUGACUGGCCACCUGAACUGCUAGCUGUCAUGACUGCAAUGGGCAAUGCCUUGGCUAACAGUGUCUGGGAGGGGGCUCUGGAUGGCUACUCGAAGCCAAGCCCUGAAGCCUGCAGAGAGGAAAAGGAGCGCUGGAUCCGGGCCAAGUAUGAACAGAAGCUCUUCUUGGCCCCACUGCCAAGCUCGGAUGUGCCCCUGGGGCAGCAGUUACUCCGGGCUGUGGUGGAGGACGACCUGCGACUGUUGGUGACACUGCUGGCCCAUGGGUCCAAGGAGGAAGUGAAUGAGACAUACGGGGACGGCGAUGGGAGGACAGCCCUGCACCUGUCCAGUGCCAUGGCCAAUGUGGUCUUCACCCAGCUGCUCAUAUGGUACGGGGUGGACGUGAGGAGCCGUGAUGCCAGGGGCCUGACCCCACUGGCCUACGCCCGCCGGGCCGGCAGCCAGGAGUGUGCGGACAUCUUGAUCCAGCAUGGGUGCCCUGGUGAGGGCUGUGGGUUGGCACCCACUUCCAACAGAGAGCCUGCCAAUGGCACGAAUCCCUCCGCAGAGCUGCACCGCAGCCCUAGUCUCCUAUGAAGCUCAGGAAGAGGGCAGAGGGGCCAGAAGGACUCUGGAUGCAGCAGCAGGCCAUGUGCAGCAAAGAAGGGAGAAGGGUCAGGGACGGAGGCGAGGUCUGAGAUUGGAGCUCAGCAGAGCAGGAGUGUGUUUUGCAGCCCUCUGCCCUACGGUGCCAUUAAGGGACAAAACCCUUUGGAGGUACCUGUGAGGAGAGGGGGGCAGGACCUCUCCCUCCUCCAGAACCCUGCCUCCUCAUGACAGCUCCCACAAGCCUUCACCCUGCGAUGGGUGGGGAAGAACAGGACACAGGAUGGGGGUGCCAGAGAGAGACAAGGGGACCAGUCUGUGAGUCCCAUGUAAAAUGUGUACAUUGGAGUAUUUAUGUUAGUGUAUAUACGUGGUGUGUGUGUAUGAUGAGCCAAUAAACCAGGCUGUAUGUGUGGCCUCAUUUC